GUUGGCACUUAUCCCUGAUGGGGCCACAUUUGGCCACACCAUCUUGAAUUUUGGCCAUUUCUUGCAAUACAGCAGCUUUGUCAUCAUCCCCACUGCCUGCUCAUUAAGCCUGAAAUCGAGCAGUUCAUUAAGCCCACAAGGACGGGGGUGGUGGCCCCUGCCUGGGGGUGAAACACCGGCAGCUGCCUGCACCUGGCUGCCGGUGGGUGCCCACCUCCACACGCCCCGCUCCUGCUUUGCCAGUGCAGGGGAUGUUUGCAUCAGCGUUGCCAUCUCCUGAUGCCUGCGUACGCCUGGGCUAAAUACAGCAAUAGCUCCCGGCUUGGCUGGCAGUGAAGGGAAAUUUUGCUGCUGCGAGGGGUUUGUUGCAAUGAUGUGAUGCAAAGACACACUGGAGAAUCCUGACUCGGCACCGCGGCAGUGGAAGACCCAUGGGGAAAGCCAAGGAGCACCUUUUCAGCGUCAGGGCAUGCGUAUGCCAGGGGAUGAGUGACGAGCAGCCCCCCACGUCUCCCUGCCACCCUGCCAUGGAGGGGGACACCAACGUCUCAGCCUCUGGCUGCCCUGAGCACUGGGUCGAGCCUCGGUUCACGCAAGCGGCGAGGGUUCGCGUGAUCAUCACGGCCAUCUUCUUCUUGCUGGCGGCAGGCAGCAACAUGGUGGUGCUCGGCAGCCUGCUGAGGAAGAGGAGGAAAUCCCAUGUGCGGCCGCUGAUCCUCAGUUUGGUGCUGGCUGACCUGCUGGUGACAGUGGCAGUGAUGCCCCUGGAUGCAGCGUGGAACGUGACGGUGCAGUGGUACGGCGGGGACCUCUCCUGCAAACUUCUGAACUUCCUCAAGCUCUUCGCCAUGUACGCGGCUGCCUUGGUGCUGGUGGUCAUCAGCCUGGACCGGCACGCGGCCGUCCUCCACCCCUUCUCCCGCGCUCGCCGCCGCAAUGGGCUGCUGCUCCGUGCUGCCUGGGCUGGCAGCGUGCUUCUGGCUUUGCCCCAGCUUUUCCUCUUCCACCUGCACACAAUCCCAGGAGGGAACUUCACCCAGUGUGUUACUCAUGGGAGCUUCCGAGCUCACUGGGAGGAAACCGUCUACAACAUGUUCACCUUCACCACCCUCUACAUCACCCCCCUGAGCGUCAUGAUCGUUUGCUACAUCCGGAUCAUUUGGGAGAUCAGUAAGCAGCUAAAGAUCAACAAAGGUUUGAUAAGAAAUCAAAAUGACCACAUCUCCAAGGCACGUAUGAAGACUCUUAAGAUGACCAUAGUGAUUGUUGCCACCUUCAUCAUCUGCUGGACUCCAUACUACCUCCUGGGCUUGUGGUACUGGUUCCAGCCAGCCAUGAUCCAGAAGAUGCCGGAGUAUGUCAACCACAGCUUCUUUCUCUUUGGCUUGCUGCACACCUGCACUGACCCUGUCAUUUAUGGACUGUACACCCCCUCCUUUCGGGAAGACGUGCAGUUGUGUCUCAGGGGCAUUGAAACAGCCAUUACCAGGCACGAGAGAAACAAGCCCAUCUCAGUCUCAGAGAAGAACAUAAAGGAUGAUGCUGUAAAUGGUGGGGUGGCAUCAGGGGGCUCCAAUGGGACAACUGUCAACACAGUCUGCUGAAGAGACAUACCCACAAGGAGACAGGAGGCACAGCUCUGGGGGCUGCUUUGUCCCAUAGGAUCAUUCUGGAGACUGUCGUAAGGAGGUUUGUGACCCAACUUUGGUGGGUGAGGGUCUCUGGCCAGAAACUGGAAGUGUCUCCUGCCUGUACUCAGGGUGAAAAACAUUUGGGUGUCAUUCUUCUAUAUUCUAGCAGCCCUGUGGCAAUUAGAAAACCAUCCUUUUUGUACCCUAUGCAUACUCUAGCCCUAAUUCUGGGAUCAAGCAUUGGCCACACUUCCAGCAUCAAUUCUUGGGAGGAGACAUGAUGGCUUCUCCAUGGCCCAGGGCCAUGUCUCUCAGGGUGUCCAAUCUAUAAGUGCCCUUUGCACUGACACUGAAGUACAGAGCUGCACAGAUGCACAAUGCUAUGUUGUGUCACCCUGAAAGGCUGCAGAGGUGCAAUCACAGGCUUUUACUCCAUUUUCUCCACCCACUGUAGGAAAGGGUCUCUGGAAAUUUUGGUUCUCUUGGCUCAGAGCCUACCUGCUUAUCCCACAGCUGUGUGUGAAGCCCUGGGAAGGAUGUAAAUAUUUGGGGAGUGACUAACGCAGAGGCACUAGUCCCCUUGGGCUAACUCCAUGGUGGGAGGGAGAAGGUGCUGUGAGGAUGGAGGGGCUUGGGCACGAGGUGCAUGAAGAAUCACAGUGGGAUGGGAUGGGGUUUCUUCUCUUUCUGAACACAGUCAGAAGGGAAAACAGUCCCUGAUGCCUUGUUCUGGCAUGCAGGGGUGGUAGGAACACAUCCUUACAUAGCAACUCUCUGAGACACAAUGCUGACCAGGAGAGAGAGUAUUUGGGGUAACCUGAGGGUGACAUAGCCCAGCCCCUCUUGUCUGUCUUUAUCCCCAACCCUUCUCCAGAGCAUCAUCUGGCAGGUCUCAGACCACGUACUAGGCUUUCCCCAGCAGCCAGCACAGGCUGAUGGGAGCAAACCCCACAUUUUCUCCUCUCUGUUUUCCUCUUUCAUUUAUACACAUAUGUCUUUACCUUAAUGACUUGACCCAACACCAGCACCUCACCUCUGCCCUGAGCAGGGUGGGUGCAGCCACUCCACAGGUGAUGCCUGGGGUAUCCCAAUGAGGAAGGUGAUGGGAAGCACCUGUGCACAGAGGGGCCCAUCAACAUCCAUUGGUGCCAGGUGGGUGCUGAUAGUCUUUAGCUGCACUAUGAGAGCAAGGGAGGCUGUUGGAGGAAUCAGCUGAGCUGUGGUGAGUAAAAUGGAUUUUUUCCUUUUCACCAAUGUGCCAGAAGUUGCUUAUGAAGGUGGUCUCUUCUCUGAGUGUAGGUUGAAGAGAUGGGUUUAUUCAACUGUGUUGUUCCUUUCCAUGUAAUUAGAAAUGGUGAAUUAUUUCUUUGUUCAUUCUCUGCUGAUUGUUAUUAAAUGCAUUUUUGCUUUUGAAGAGGCAUUUUUUUUUUGAGCUAGGUGGAUUUACUUUUCUGGUUUUGUGAAAUCUUUGGGUAGCUCAGGAGCUCUGGACUUGGCAGGAGGCAGUUGCCUGGGCAUUUCUGUGGUGACUGCAGUUUUGAAUGAACACCUGGACUUUAUCAGGAUGAAAGAGCUUUGUUUUAAAACCACUCUUGACUUGCUGUGGUUGAAUGUGUAGGGAAGCUGGGAGAUGUCUCCCACCAAAGAAGCAAAUUUUUGGGCACCAAGGGGGUUUUCUCCAAGAGAGGCUGGAUCCCUAUCAGUCAGAAAGGAUCUAUACUGGUCUCCCAGUGCCCCAGCUAACAAAUUACUAGAACUGGAGAGGUAGCAAGUGGUGUUUGCAGGUUGGCUGAGGCUGGCCAGUGAGAAUACAGGAAGCUACAGUGCUCAGGGUGAUGCCAAGCUGUGGAUGGGUGUGAGUACUUGCCUUUCCCCAUGCAAACUAUAAUUUAUGCUAAAUAUGCUACCCAAGGAGAAAAAAAUUCAAUUAGAGCUGUAGGAGCCCAGGCCAACUGGUAGGAAUUAGCAUGAGCCCUUUAGGAAGCAUCCAAACUCCAAUGAGAUGCGUAAUCGCCAUUUGGCUUUCCUGGGCUCGUUCUGCUCAAGGUUAAUUACACAGUGCUAACAGGAGCAGGGCUUGCUGCUGCCAGGAUGGCUUGGCUUGACUAGUGCAAAAGAAAGUUUCUUGUAAGGUGAUGGGAAUUACUUGCAGUAGGGGAAGCUAAUUUAUUCAUCAGACACUCAUUUGGUCUCUCUGUUUAUAUUACUGAUAAUAGCUAAUGGGAGGCAGAGCUUGAAGGUGUGUUGGUUUUCUGGGAAGCCUUAUAUAAGCAGGAAGGUAUCUUUAAUCUCCUGAAAAGAGUCUUCAUCUGCUUUCUGCUGGGUGGGAGAGAACAGGUCUGGCAUUGUUCACUCACUUAAGGCCCCUUGUUCCAUCCUCCAUGGCAGCAGGAGAGCUUGGAGACCUUCUCUGAAGAGCAAGAAGCAUUUUUUCCCUUGUGGGAGGGACCCACCACCUCUCCACCCCAAGGGUACGGUCAGAGGGCAGAAGCAGGUUUGGCCUUAGGUGAAGAGCAGGAAAAUUGGGAUGUUGGUAAUAAUAUGUACCUCAGUCCUCGGGGGAAGCAUGGUACAUCCCUCGGGAUGCUUGCAGGCACUCCAGUGCUGCUCCUUCUGCCCGCCUCUCGAUACCUUCCUUCCCAUUGCUGGUGCUCAAGGCUGACAUUUUGGGAAGCCUAGAGUGUGGGCAAGGUGCCCAAAGUGACAGCUUUCACGAUAGAAGGAAAAUGUCACUAAAAGAGUGUGCUGCCAAGCUGUGUGCCCAACGUAGACAGAAAGGGGGAUCAAGCAGGUGGGUGGCACCUCCCCGGGGGAGCUGGGGAUCAACCAGGGUCUAGGUCUUGUCAGAGGUGGACCGAAGCCCAGGCCUGGUUUGAAUAUUGCCACAGUUCUGAUUCUGCAUUUCUUAAAUCCCCUCAUACUUUAGAGAGCAAAAGAUUUUUGCACUACUCAUCAGGAGUGUGAAACCCAGAGCCUUGCUCCUCCUCGCCCCAGGGGUGGUCCUGCUUUCUGCAGUGGUUCCCUCUCUCCCCACGUUGUCUUAAACCCCUGGUCUCCCACAGCAUCUGCCUUCCUCCUCAGCUGGCUUCUAAGAGCUCUCCAUAUGUAUAUUUUAUAUAAAACCACUUAUAUAUAAAUAUAUUUAUUUCCCUUUAUGGAAGGAAAAUUCUCCCAAUUCCCAAAACCUGCCCAUUCCCCCCGUGAAACACCACCUGCCAUGCUCUUCCUUGCAAUCACAGCAGGAUCAGAUUUGUCUGACUUGGUAACAGUUCCUUAAUAUUCACCACAGUAAUGUAACGAUCAUAUUAAUAAGCACAGAUAGCUUUAUAUUUUACAACUCCUCGACCUCACCCUGGGCUGCCUGCUUCAGACACAGCGGUCCUUUGUUUGGGAGGAAAUUCUGAUUCAUUCCCCAUUAGCAUUUUUAUAGUACUGUGCAUGUUCAAAGAGCCACGCAAGUGGCUUAAGAGGUUAAUGUGAACCUUGGGUUAAUUCAUAAUAUUGUUAGUUACUCAGCACAAUACUCGCAUUAAUUCAGCUGACUGCAUCUCGCCACGUUGGGAAACACAUGCUGAAAUCAGCAGGGAGCACAGAAAACAAGCGUGGGACUAGGAUAUUAAGUAUUUCACCAGCCUGCUAAGGUAGAAUCUGAGCACCUUAAAUGUAUUUUCCUUUGCUUUGAGGACAGCAUUACCUUGCCUCACAUAUGUGGAGCUGAAGCAUGGCGGAGCCUGUGCCCAGCAUCCCUGAGGGUCUGGGAGCAUGAGGGAUGGGACUGCAAGCCCUCUGAGGGGCACUUGAGACAUGUUCAUCAGGACUCAGCCCCUACCUGCAGCCACCUCUUUCUUCUGGGUCUAUUCAAAGGGUUCAAAGCAGAAAAAGCCACUUUUUUUCCUUUGAUACCUGCUGGUUUAAUUGCAGUGCUGGACUGUGUGUGUCUGCCUUGAGAGAGCCCCUGCAAUCCUUUUCUCUUUGGCGAUAUAGCCUGGAGCAGCUGGUGCAGCAGAUCAGCCUGGGAACUAGCACCCUGCACCCGUGCUGUUGCCCCAUGCUUGGGAAGAGCUCAGCUGAACUGUUUAGAGCCAAAUAAAAGCCCAGACAGACAUUAGGAGAUAGCAGCCGUUCAGCACUAUGUGCUCACUCCUUUUGCUUACUCUUCAGAAACAUUCCUAUGCAA